AUGGGGAAGUCGGUGGAAUGUGAUGAAAUUGAGUGCGAUUCGUCCACCUCAAUGACGGAUUCCUUUCUGUUUAAUCGAUAUGAGCAGAAAGAGGAGGAAGAAGGUAAUUUCGAAUGGUUUUGAGAUUAAAACAGUCGAUCAUGACGUUUAUAUGACCCAUUAUUCUUCAGAAUCCACUGAAUUCAUGCCAAAAGGUCGAUUGACGUUCGCCGAAUGGGAGAGAUUUGAGCAGAAACGGUUGGAAAUGAUCAAUGAGGUAGGAUUUUAUUUUCUACAGUGGCUCUGA